UCCGUGCUGCGGGGGGCCGGGGGGCCGGGUCCGGUGCAACCCUGCGGUGACGGUGCCGCUUCUCUCUCUCUCUCUCUCUCUCUCUCUCUCAAUCUCUCUCUCUCUCCCUCUCCCUUGUGUCUCUCCCGGCAGAAGCUGGCGGUGCUGGUGGGCAGCGGCUCCAGCGGCAGCGCCAAGCCCGGCGUGGUCCCGGCGCUCCUGAAGGCUCCGGGCGGCGGCGGCAGCCCCGGCGGCAGCCCCGGGCACAGCGUGCCCCUGGCCGGGCACAGCCUGCCCCUGGCCGGGCACAGCCUGCCCCUGGCCGGGCACAGCCUGCCCCUGGCCGGGCACAGCCUGCCCGUGCCCGCGCUGCCCGCCCGGGCGCCCAUCGCCGUGGUCACGGCCACCCUGCACGGGGCGAUGGGCGCGGAGCCCCCGCAGAGCGCGCCCGUCAACCUGCAGGGCACGGGCAGGGCGGGGGGAGCCCGCAGAGCCCCCGACAUCGGCUCCGGCGCUCAGACUUUGGGAACUAUCACUGCAGUGCCCAUUAAGGUUCCUCAGGUCAGCUCCUUGCAGAGGUUGGCAGGACAAGGACCAGCAGUGCUACCUCAGGUUAGGCCAAAGACCCUGAUUCCAGACAGCCUCCCCAUCUCCCCGUGCAGAGACCAACCUUCCAAGCAGCCUCCCACCUUCCAGAAGGCGACCGUAGUGAGCAUCAAGAACCCCAGCCCCGCCCUCCCGACCGCCAACAACACCGUCAGCCAUGUACAGCCGCCCCACAGCCAGCCCCAGAGCGUCAGCGAGCCCCUGCCCUCCCCUCUGAGCGGUGCAGGGGUGGCCUACGCCAUCAUCUCCACCUCCCCCAGCAAUGCAGCCCCCAUCAGCACCAGCGCCGCCGUCUCCGUGGUCAACGACAGCAUCAAGGUGCAGCCGCUCCUCAUCAGCGCCGACAGCAAGGUUAUCAUUAUUCAGCCUCAAGUCCAAACCCAGACAGAAAGUAAAGUGGAGACAAAGAAACCUCCUGAAGAGUCAGCUCAGGGACCCCCUGCUACCAAAAAGAAAAAGGAGGAAAAUCCAGAGAAAAUAGCCUUCAUGGUAGCGUUAGGACUGGUUACAACGGAACAUUUGGAAGAAAUCCAGAGCAAGCGUCAGGAAAGAAAGAGAAGAAGCACAGCCAAUCCAGCCUACAGUGGACUCUUGGAAACAGAGCGGAAACGCCUCGCGUCGAAUUAUUUGAAUAACCCCUUGUUCCUCUCGACAAGAGCAAAUGAGGAUCCCUUCUGGAAGAGUGAGAUCCACCACGAUGAGCACUGCACUGCUUGCAAGCGUGGAGUUAACUUGCAGCCCUGUGGCACAUGUCCCAGAGCAUAUCACCUCAACUGCUUGGACCCACCCCUCAAAACUGCCCCCAAGGGGGUCUGGGUCUGCCCAAAGUGCCAACAGAAGGUGUUAAAGAAAGAUGACAACGUGCCAUGGACUGGAACUCUGGCUAUUGUUCACUCCUAUGUUACUCAUAAAACAGUCAAAGAAGAAGAGAAGAGAAAGUUAUUAAAGAGAAGCAGUGAGCUGAAGAGUGAGCACAGGCAGUUAGAAGAAAAAGAUCGACUUCUCAACAAUGCAGUGAAGAAAUGCUUAGAGCUAAAAACCAGCCUGUUGGCCCAGCAGAAAGGGACUCAGUCAUCGCUGGAACGUCUCAAAACCCUCAUUAGACUGAUACAAAGCGAGCAGAUGAUUCAGGUUACCAUGACGACCACCACCACCUCCUCCCUGCUGUCGGUGCCCUGGAUGAAGCCCUCCCCCGGCCCCGCUGCCAUGCACAAAGCCCUGCAGCCAUCGCAGGGCAACAACUGACCGCGCCGGGCCGGGGCACCGGGGACUUUGUGCAGCGAGCGGAGCGGAGCUCCAGCGGACCGCGGGAGGGGAGGACGAGCCUUGCACACCAGCCAGCCCGCUUCGCAGGGGGCUGUGGCAGCGGGUUCCCCACGGACCUUCCGUGCUUACGAGAUUUUGUUUUGUUCUGUUGGCCUUAAAUUGUCUUUACGCCCGAGGAGGAGCGGGAGGAGCGCGGCCGGUGGGGAGAGGGAUGCGGGGGGCAGGCAGGUCUCCGUCCUGCUUUCAGGGGGGAGUUGUCGAUGCAAAGAGUUAGUGAGGUAGUGGGGACGUAGUGGGGCUGAAAGCUGUGUGUGGGAGGGGAAUUGGGAUCCCCGAGGUAACCGGGAACUGAACUACUUAGGACUUGACACGGAUUGUUUUCAGAGGAACAAAGUUGGCCCCGUGGGUUCGGGGCCGCCGUGGACACUCACAGAGCCUUCGAGACAAAAAGAUCCUUUUUUUCAGUAUUAUUAGAGUUGAGAAUUGCAGAUAUUUAAAUAAAGAAACUGUAUGAAGUUAGCGUUUCUAGUAAAAUAUUGAAGUAUUUUCAUGCUGAUGCUUCUGUAUAUGCGUUCCGAAGUAUUUAAAGAAGUAUGACUGUAAAACUCCUUACUUUUUUGCAGGUCCUUUUUACUUAUUUUGCUAUCAGUGUAUUUUUCUCAUGGAGUUUUUGUGCAAGAUUUAGCAUAAACCAUGAUAGUGGAUACCUUUGGCAGGUUGGGUUUCAUUUUUUAAAGAGGUUAUU